AUGUCAUCAUCAUCAGUAGGUUCGGAUUCGGAAUUCUCAGCGGAAAGUAGCGGAAGCCAAAAUAUAUCAGAUCAUCAAGGAACUGUCGCGGCUGAUCUUGCUGUACGACAAGAAUCAUCAAGAAAAGAUGAAAUCAACAUUGCAGAAAAGGACUUCAAUGAAGGUAACGAUGGGGAAAUGUCAUCGAUUGGAAGUUCAAAAAGUGACUCGGAUACAAAGGAUGGUGAAAGUGAUGCUUCCGGUUCGAAAAAUAGUGAAAAUGAUGACUGCAAUGUAAAUGAACGAAAAAGUGAUUCAGUGUUCAGUGCUGAAAGUGGUGAUGGAGAGAUUGCCAAAAUAAAAAAGAAACGUGGUGUCAAAAUUACAGAUGAAACACGAAAGUUGCUGGAAGAUGAGAAUAUAUUACGACGGUCUUCAAGGCAGCGUAAGGAAACGAUCGGUUCAAAUACGGAGAAGAGGACAGAAAAAGUUUUGAAAAAACCUGGUAAAAGAGAAUUGCCACAAUUCGAGGAGGAUGAAACGAGUGACGGUGAUUCAUCGUCGGAAAUUACAUCGUCACAAAAGAUGCGUCAAAAACCAAAGAAAUCGCAAGCAAGGAAGCAGUGUCGAAAACGUGGCAUAAGUUCCGAUGAUGAUUCGGGAGGAAUACGUCCAGCCCGUCGGAGCAAAUUUGGUGGUGAAAAAAAUCGCAUCAAUUAUCGGGAUAUCAGUUCAGACGAAGAGAUAAAUUCCGAUGAUGUAUUAGAAUGGGAUGAAGGUGAUAAAAUAAAAGAUGGUGGUUCAGCAGAUCAUAAUACUUCGAGCAGUGAAACAAUUGAAAAGGUAUUACGUCAUCGAGCAGGACAUCCAGGAGCAACCGGAGCAUCGACAACAUGCUACAAUGUGGAGGAUAAAGGUGAUCCGAAUGUUAAACUAGCAGAAAAUGGCGGAGAAAUAGAAUUGGAACGCCAGUAUUUAAUCAAAUGGUUAGGCUGGUCACAUCUUCAUAAUACGUGGGAAUCGGAAAAUAGCUUAAAGCUUUGUAAUGCCAAAGGAUUGAAGAAAAUCGAUAAUUAUAUGAAACGUUUAAGAGAUAUCGAAGAAUGGAAACUUACUGCGGAUAAAGAAUAUAUCGAAUUUUUUGACUGUGAACAGCAAAUGAACGACGAACUUAACGAACAAUAUAAGGUUAUUGAACGAGUAAUAGCUCAUCAGAUAUCGCGUAGUCAAGGUGAAAACGAAGGAACGGAAUACUUUGUAAAAUGGUGUGGCUUACCGUAUUCCGAAUGCACUUGGGAAGAGGAACAUUUGAUCGCACGACAAUUUCAAGAUAAAAUUGAUGCAUACUAUGAUCGGCGUGAUAACGGGAAAAUACCUAAUAAACAUUGUCCAGUUUGUUUUCAGAAGUAUUUUGCUUCAAAAGCGUUGAGAAAACGUCCAAAAUUUGAAAAACUGAAUAAUAUCCCUAAUUUCCUUCAACGAAAGGAUGAUCCAGAACAUGAGUUGCGCGAUUAUCAAUUGGAAGGAGUGAACUGGAUAUUGCAUGCUUGGACAAAAGAAAAUAGUUGCAUCCUUGCGGAUGAAAUGGGCUUGGGUAAAACGAUUCAAAGUAUUAGUUUUCUCUCAGUACUCUAUCACAAAUAUCAGUUGUAUGGAACAUUUCUGGUUGUGGUACCAUUAAGCACUAUGGCCUCUUGGCAACGUGAAUUCGAAACUUGGGCACCUGAUCUUAAUGUUGUCACCUAUGUUGGUGAUGUUACAAGCCGUGAUCUGAUAAGGCAAUUUGAAAUAUAUGUACAGAGCACAAAACGCCUGAAAGUCAAUGUCGUCUUAACUACAUACGAAAUCCUGCUAAAAGAUAAGGCAAGUUUUGCAUCAUUGAUAAUAGCAGGAAAUUCUUUCCUUGGUUCGUUUGACUGGGCUGUAUUAACCGUCGAUGAAGCGCAUCGUUUAAAAAACGAUGAAUCACUGUUGUAUCGUUCGCUUUUCGAAUUCACUACAAAUCAUCGAUUACUAGUAACCGGAACACCACUUCAAAAUUCUCUGAAAGAACUCUGGGCCUUACUUCAUUUUAUUAUGCCUGAAAAAUUUGACAGUUGGCCAGAAUUUGAGACAGAACAUCAUGACUCUGAUCACAAGACAAUUGCAUCAUUGCAUCGAAAACUUCAGCCAUUUUUGUUGAGACGUGUAAAAAAAGAUGUGGAAAAAUCACUGCCAGCUAAGGUUGAGAAAAUUUUGCGUGUAGAUAUGACUGCUCAGCAAAAACAAUAUUACAAAUGGAUUUUAACCAAAAAUUACAAAGAGUUAUCAAAAGGUAUAAAAGGAUCCAUUAAUGGAUUUGUGAACUUGGUUAUGGAACUGAAAAAAUGUUGCAACCACGCUUCACUUGUUCGAUCAUAUGAUCAUUCGGAGGAAGGUGCAGAUGCCCGAUUACAGCAACUGUUGAAGUCUUCUGGUAAAUUGAUUUUACUGGACAAGUUGUUAUGUCGUUUACAAGAAACUGGACAUCGGGUGUUGAUUUUUUCACAGAUGGUAAUGAUGCUCGAUAUCAUGCAAGAAUAUCUUCAGCUUCGACGUUUCCCUUCACAGAGAUUGGAUGGAUCGAUGCGUUCAGAUCUUCGGAAGGCAGCAUUGGAUCAUUUUAAUGCUCCAAAUUCUCCUGAUUUCUGCUUUUUACUUUCAACCCGAGCUGGUGGCCUUGGAAUAAAUCUGGCCACGGCGGACACAGUGAUUAUUUUUGAUUCAGACUGGAAUCCACAAAAUGAUUUGCAAGCUAUGAGUCGUGCACAUAGAAUUGGCCAAAAAAAACAGGUAAACAUAUAUCGUUUGGUGACAAAGGCAUCGGUAGAAGAGGAAAUUGUGGAAAGGGCGAAGAGGAAGCUAGUCUUGGAUCAUCUUAUUAUUCAGAGAAUGGAUACAACUGGUCGAACUGUACUUUCGAAAACUACAGUGACAAAUGGAACAAUACCAUUUGACAAACAAGACUUGGCAAUGAUUCUUAAAUUUGGUGCCGAGGAGCUUUUUAAAGAAAAAGAAGGUGAAGAACAAGAACCGGAAGUUGAUAUUGAUAAUAUUUUGCAAGGUGCGGAAACCCGGGAGUGUGAUCAACAGAAUUCUGGCAGUGAAUUGUUGAAUGCAUUCCGUUAUGCAGAUUUUUCUUUUGAUGAGAACAAAGAUGUACCAACACUAAACGCAGUAACAGUUCAAAUGGAAAUAAACCAAAAAGAUUUGGUAGGAUCGAAAUCGUGGGAUGAAAUUAUUCCAGAAGUUGAUCGUGAAAAAUUUGCUGAGGAAGAGCGUGAACGAGCCGAAAAAGAGCUUUUCCUUGGACCAAGACAGAGAACAAAGAUCCCUGACGUAGCUGCAGAAGCUGGUGAUAGUGAUGAGGAUGAAAAGAAGAAAAAAAAGCGGAAACGUAGUCGAGAUUCCCCAUUAAGCGAAGAAGAAGGUUCCGAUGAAGAUAAACCAAAACGUGCGCGGAAGAAAUUGUUGCUUAAUUUCACCGAGUCAGAAGUAAGGAAAUUCAUACGAAGUUUCCGGAAAUUUGCAGAACCCCUUACAAGGUUAGAAGCAAUAGCCCAAGACGCAGCAUUGGAAGAGUUCAGCAAAAGUGAGCUUGAACAGCUUGGUAAUGAAUUAUUAACUGGUUGCCAGAAAGCCCAAACUGAAUAUGAAGAAAAAAUCAAAGAAGUGAUGAAGAAACCUAUGGAAGAUGGUAAAAGAAAACAGGAUCGUGGGGCAAUUUUUAAAUUUGGAAAUAUUGAUGUCUAUGUCCGACCGCUACUGAAGAUGCAAUCAGAUCUUUUACCACUUCAUAAUCUUGUCAAAAGUGCUGGUGAUAUCAGAUUAUUACAAAUUCCGGGUUAUCCGAAGGAACAAAAAGGUUGGGAUGUUGAAUGGGAUAUUGCGGAUGAUUUAGCACUACUGAAAGGCAUCUAUCAAUAUGGCCUUGGCAGUUGGGAAGAAAUCAAAAUGGAUCCCGGUUAUGGUUUAGCUGAAAAAAUAUGGUUGAAGGAUAAAAGUAAGAAACCACAAAGUAAGCAUCUUCAAGCACGAGCGGAAUAUCUUUUGAAAUAUCUUGCUCGUAAUACGAAGGCUACAGGAAAUACUUCAACUAGAGUGAAACUUCUUAAAAAAAAUUAUUCUUUGGCUCCAUCAUCUUUAGGAAUAUUGGAUAAACUAAAAGAAAGGAAAACAUCAAAAGAAGAUAAGAAAGAAAAGAAGUGUAAAGGAGAACACGGAGAAGAAAAAGAUGAUGCUGAAAAAAAAGAAACAAAACUUAAGAAGGAAAGAAUUGGAAUCAAUUUAGAUCAUUUAACCAUCAACAAAUCAAAGUAUAAAAAAGACGUUGAAAACAAGAAAUCAUCGCAAUUUGCAGAGUGUGUCAAAAUCAUGCGACCCGCUCAGAAGUACAUGCGAAAACUGGUGCAGUGCGAUGACUUAAGCUCAACCGAUUCACUGCGAAAUUUACUCAAGAUUGGUGAUCAUAUCAAUGAACAUCUUGGAAAAAUUAGCUUAACUAAAUCACAACUCGUCGAAAAUUGGCACUCUUAUCUGUGGAUUUUUUUAUCGUGUUUCACGCGACAAGAACCCAGCGAUUUACUUCAACGCUACCGUAUUGCUGCAAAAGAUCGUGCAAAUAAUAACGAAACUGAAACUCAUCGUAAACAUCAUCAUCGUCGUCAUCAUCAUCAUCAUCAUUAUCACGAUACCAGGAAGAAUCAGCGGGAUGAUAAAGCAACAACUGCUACAGGUGAAGUUAUGGAUGUUAAUACUGCUGUUAAACGAAAAGGCGACAGUGUUACAACCGCAAUUGGAAGCGAUCGAAAAAUUGAUAAGAAUUCAAAAUAUAUUCGUUUAAGCAGUGAUGGGUGCCCAGUAAUAGGACAACAUUCGAACAAGCCAGAAGUUCAAAAACAUCAACAUUCUAUGAAACAUGGAAAUAGCGGAAAAGACGAAAAUUUAAAGUCAGUUGUAAUAAACGACAAUUUUGAUACUUACAAGCCAACGGUAUUGCAACUACAGCAAUCCAGUUUAUUAUAUUCAAACCAAAAUGAGAAUGAUGGUUACAAGGAUUCAUCGUAUCGAUAUCGUGGGGAUUAUGGUAGCAGCAAUAGUAGCAAUCUCCAUCGUACUCAUAGUCACGCAAGUUACCGAGACAGAGCAAGAAGUGGACGAUAUGAGCACUAUACUUAUAAGGAACAUCGAAGAGAGCACACUUACUAUCGUGACAAAGGUGAUCGAACUUCGUACUGGGAACGAAAUUAUACAGAUGCAUAUCGUGAUCAUGGUGAUCGUGAUUAUCGACAGGAAUUCCGUCACGUAUCAGGUCCGUCUAGUUCUACUGCGAAUGCCAGUUCGUCACAGAGGUCUGGAGCAUCAGCUGGCUUCUCAUCUCACUGUGCUCCACCGCUUCUGAACGGUCCAGCACCAUCAUUUACUUCGCUAUGUCCACCGUCGAGGCUUCUUGAAAUCAAGCCUCUCUCAGCCAUCGUCAGUGAAUCGUGUGCAUCUCAUAUAUCGUUUAUAAGGCCACCGCCAAUACCGCCACAUAUUGACCAUCUUGGGAUUAGUGAUUCCACUGGCAGUAAAACCGACAGUACUAAAGAUCCAAGGAGCGUUACGGCCACAUUAAAUGUUAUUACGAUGGUUGUAAUAGGUCUUUGUUCGGUCAGUGAGGUAGUCGUAAAAUUUGGACCAAUAAUGACGGAUUCUGAUAGUGAUGAAGAGGUUCAAAACAAAAUAAGCCUGAAAGUAAAAACUACAACGGAGGGUUAUGAUAUUACAGUGCCGGAAAAAGCUACUGUUUUAAAGGUUAAAGCAGUACUGUCGGAGAAAAUUAAUCAACCGCCUGAAAAACUUUGUCUCAUCUUUUCUGGGAAGAUUUUGAAAGAUCACGAGACACUCACUAAACUUUCUAUUAAAGAUGGUAUGGCCAUUCAUCUUGUCAUACGUAAUUCACAACGGCCCGCAGCAGCUGACACUCCUUCCGGAAUUGGAACAACUCCAAAUCCAGCAAUGGGUGGAAAUCCAAUGAGUGGUGCAUUGGGUAUGGCGCAGCAUAUGAUGCAAAACCCAGAAGCAAUACGUGAAAUGACGAAUAGUCCAAUAGUUCAAUCACUACUGAAUAACCCAGAUAUAAUACGGUCACUGAUUGCUGACAAUCCGCAGAUUCAGCAAGUUAUUGAAUCAAAUCCCGAGCUCGGCCAUUUACUGAACGAUCCGGAAGUUAUUCGGCAAACGAUCGAAAUGGUGAGAAAUCCGAGUAUGUUUCAAGAGUUGAUGCGUAGCCGUGACCAAGCAAUACGGAAUCUUCAGGGUAUUCCGGGUGGACAAGCAGCAUUACAACGUUUAUAUCAAGAUGUACAAGAACCGCUGUUGAACAGUGCAACAAGUACUUUCGCUAACAAUCCUUUUGCAACUUUAGUAGAUAAUUCCACUAAUAUGGCAUCACGUAGCCAACGUGCUGGUGUUGAAAAUGCCGAAGCAUUGCCAAAUCCUUGGGAUAAUUCUACCAACACGUCCGGUUCUGCACCAACCGCUACAGGGGCUGGUGGCGGCACCUCUUCUCAACCUUCAAUGAAUUUACUGGCUGAACUUGCAAAUACUCUUGGUUUGCUGGAAAGUCCACCGAUGUUGUCUGAUCCAAAUGCUUAUGCACGAUUGCUCAACAGCGAGACGUUUACUAAUGCUAUGAAUAUGAUUCGGCAGAAUCCGACAUUAUUAUCAGAGAUGCUCUCAUCGGGCCCCGCAAUGUCAUCAACUAUGGAACAGUACAUACGGAAUGCUAUGCCACAUUUUCGGAAUACUAUGCAAAAUCCAGAAAUGUUGCGAGCAAUUUCUAAUCCGAGAGUGCUUGAAGCAUUCCAUCAAAUUCAUACUGGCAUGGAUACUCUACGUCGUGAAGCUCCACAGCUUUUGCCUCCUGGCAUUUUUCCAACUGCCCCAAUAGCAACUACAACAACACCGAGUACCACUACCAGCAAUUCAACCACAACUGGCACAACACCAGGUACAGGAACAACGACAACAACGACUUCCUCUGCUCCAACCACCGAGCAAGCAAUGAUGAUGCUUAAUUUAAUUAGACAAAUGACUGGCGCAACUCUUGGUGGAUCGACACAACCGCCAGAAGAGCGUUAUCGUAGUCAGUUAGAGCAGUUAACAAGUAUGGGAUUCAGUAAUCAGGAAGCGAAUAUUCAAGCACUGCUUGCGACAUUUGGUGAUGUAAACGCCGCAAUCGAUCGACUUCUAAGCGGUGCGGGACAGCAGUGA